CCAAGUACAUAUAAGCAUAGCGUAAAGGCAGUACCUACCAAGAUAUUGUGGCUUAGCCAGCGUCUAGCUAUUGGGCCCGCUUUCACGUUAAUCACUUCUUACAACAGGAAUUGAGGAAGCAUUUUCAACAAGUAAAGCCGUUUGCAGCGAACAUAUAGGCUGCCUGCAGUAACACAUAGAUGGCGAGGACAAGUUUCCAGCUCUCUCCUCCUUCCCUACGCACUCCUUCUUUCCGGCGGUGCCUGAAGGCGAUAUGGAAGAUGCCUAUCUGCUGAACUAAAUCUUUUCCCAAGAAAGGGUUUCGCAAGCCGCCCAGAGCUUGCGGCACUGGUCUUGGCCUUUUACAGUGGUUACUUGGUGGCUCCGUGGGUACAAACUCAAAGCAUUGCAUUUUGGGGCCGUGCGCGUUACCAUCGUGGAGCUCGUCCGUGCGCGGGCAUACCGGUGCACCCUUGUGGAGUUUUGUAAGACCACCUCAGCACAAUGGUGAAAAGCAGAAAAUCGGCGGAUGCUGAUAAGCGAGCAGCAAGCCGGAAGCGUGGCGGAGACGACGACUCGGCAUAUAGUCUGGGUGAUGGCGGAGGAAGCGACAGUGGCGAUGACGCAACCGCCACAGCACCUGAUUUGUCCAUGGACUCACUGCGGAAGGUUUUCCACCUACCUUGCGUCGACGCGGCGGCAGCACUCGGAGUUGCACACUCGAAGCUGAAGCGCCGCUGUCACAAGCUCAAGAUUGCUCGGUGGCCUCAACGCAAGCUAGCAUCGCUGAUGUUCCUUCGCGAUGCGCUGCCCAACGACCCACGGCUAACGGAGCCGCAGAGGGAGUACAUUGCUACCAAAAUAGACGAGGAGUACAGCCGAGUGAUGCAGGACCCUAAUCACCCUCUCGACAAGGAGCUUGAACAGCUGCGCAAGUCAAACUACAAGCUCAACUACAACCGCAAGCUCAAGUGCGCCGCCAAAGCCGCCAAGAACGGAGGCGCAGCCGCCGCCGCCGGUGACGCAGCCGCCGCCGCAGGGACUAGCGGAGGUGGCGGCGCUGACGGCGGCGGCGCCGGCGGUACGGCCUCGGCCCGCCGCUCGGCGCACCAUCCCUCCUCCCUUCCAGAAACACCUGCGACGGCUGCCGCAGCAGGAGCAGCAGCAGCUGCAGCGGAUAAGGCCCCAUGGGCUACGCCGCAGUCCGGCAGUGCUGGUAGGGCCGCACGGGGUCUGCCGCUGGCUCUCGGCGGUGCCGCCGCUGCGGCGGUGAACCCCUCGGGCCCGGAUACCAACCCGCCUACUGCGGUCAAGGGGCAGGAUGCGGUUGCCUGGGCUGCCCUUGAAGAGGAGGGCUCCGGUAGCGGCAGCGGUGCCGCCGUCGCCGCCGCCGCCGCCGGCGGUUCUCGACAAUCGGCACAUCACCGGCGUGUUGCGGCGCAAGGCGGUGCUGGCGGCGGCGAGGAGAGUCCGUCUGCAGGAUGCGGCUCUUCGCUGGAGCGCAUGUCAUUGCUGUUCUCCAUAACCGACGGCAAGGUGGUCAUGGCACAAGGGGCGGCGGCGACGGCGGCGGUAACGGCGUCUGUACGGCGUAACAGCGGCUGCAACGCCGCGCAGCGGCAGCUGCCAGGCGCCGCCGCCGCCGCUACUGCGGCUGGGGGCGGCCUCAACACCGCUGGCGGCGGCAGUGGCGAUGAGAGCGGCGGCGGCGGCGUUCCGAGUCCCGUGUCUCCACCGGACGGGUACGGUUGCGGCCCUUCCGGUGCGGCGGGACAACCACCGCGGUCGCCGGGGCUGAGGGGAGGUCAUGCGUCGUCUGCUCCUGCGGGUAGCGGUGGCAUGGGCGGUGGUGCGAGGGAUGCGCACUGGCUGCACCCCCACCACCAGCAGCAACACCCGCAGCAACACCCGCACCGGCUCAUGCAACUGCAAGGACAUGAGGGUAUUGCAGGUGUUGGAGGAGGAGGACAUGAGGAGUGGUCUGCUGCUGCUGCGGCGCCAUCCGGUGUCCAGAGUGUUGGGGCUCGGAGUCCCAACCAGCAGCAGUCCGCGGCGGCGGCAACAGGACCAGCGUUAUUGCCUUUCGCCCCCCAGCACCCGCACCACCAACACCACCGAAUCGCCCACGCGUCUGGCGUUGACGCCGCUGCCGUCGGCAACGACGUCGCCGUAGGUUUUGCUGGAGCCGCAGGCAACGCCUUUGGGCCUGCCGACACCGCCGGCGGAUACGACCGCAUGCAUUUUGAAGCCGCUGACGGCAGCGGCGGCGGCGCUGGCGGCCCCAGCGGCAGUGCCCUCAUGGCGGCAGGCGUGAACGCGAUCCUAGCUGACACGAACCAUGGAGGGUUGCUGCCGGGACUGGAUGUGGGCGCAGGUGUUGGCUCGAGUGCCCAGCGGCCCUCGCUGGGGGAGGAGCAGCUGUCAGAAGAGGAACUGGCGUUGCUUGGGAUCCAAGGCGCGGAUCGAGAUCUGCUUUUGGAUCCAGUGGGCGAUGCUAGUUUGGAUCCACUCGUGGAUUUGUUGCUGCUCGGUGACACGUUGAGUAGCACUGGCUUGGCGGCAGGAGGCGGCGGCGGCGGUGCACUGUCUACGAGUCUGGGCUCUGCGCCCAUGUCUGGAAGGUCACACUCGCAGACUCAGCAGCAGCAACAACAGCAGCAGCAGCAGCAACAGGAGCAGCAGGGUAUGCUGCAACCCGGCUCUUACUUCAGCCGCGACCUCGUGCCUCAACAGCAUCAGCAGCAGCAGCAACAGCUGCAACACCCUUACCACCAGCAGCAGCAGCAACAACAACAGCAGCACGGCCAUGAAUUCCUGCCCUCAGCCAACCAGCAACAGCAACAGCAGGCACAUCCUUCCUACCCCCCGCCGCAGCUGCCGCAGCAGCGUGGUAACAACUUCCCUUUCCUACACCAGCACAACCAACAGCAGCAGCAACAACAACAACAACACAUGUUUCUGCAGCAGCAGCAGCAGCGGCAACAGUUGCUUCCGCCCCGACCCAUGCAUCCCGAUCCAACAUCGCAUAUGUUCGAGGCCCGACGGAACCCAGAUGGCAUGUUGGGUGGAGGCGGCGGUGGCGGUGGUGGCGGUGGUGGUGGCUUCUUCGGCCAAGGCAACAACCCCGCUGGUCCCGUUGGCGUGAGUGCGUUGCUGCGUGGAUCUGCAUCCGCCCCGGUGUCUGGUUUCUCUCCUGCCGGCGGCAGCGGCGGCGGCGGUGGUGUGAACUCUGGCGGCAGCAGCCUAGGCGCGCCGUACAGGCAACAACAGCAGCACCGUAUGUCCUCCAUUAUGGACGCUCAGUUGGGGGCAGCGAGGCCUGUGAGCCGGCUAGCAAGCAGCCAGGAGCUGACGUUACCGUCGCCUCCGUACAUGCAACACCACCACCAUCAACAGCAGCAGCAGCAACAGCAGCCACAUUACUUGUCUGGGCGCUUUAAUCCAGCAAGCCUGUUACGAGGUGGUGGAGGUAGUGGUGGUGUUGGCGGCGGCGGCAGUCGCCUGCUUAGUUCCUCCCUGUCGCUCAAUGAGGGCGGCAUUGGCGGCCGCGGCAGCGGCGUGUUGUCUGGUAGCGGCGGCAGCAUGGAUCUCACGCAACGUGAGAGCUUUCCUAGCAUGGCGGCGUCAGGUAUGCCCCAUCCUCAGGAGCUGUCGGUUGCACAACGGUACGGCAGUAACAAUGCUGGAUCUGAGCCGUUGAGCCUUGACGGUCUGAGCGCGGGUCGCCGACAGCAGCCGCCGGCAGCGCUGCCGCCGCAGUACCCACAACAGCUGAUGAUCUCCGAGGGCCGAAGAUCUGCUCCCGGGCAGAUUGGGAUUCCAGGUUGGGACGAUGCUGCGGCGAGGCGCGGCGGUAAUAACGCUCGCGCUGCGGGAAACAACCGUUUCGGCAACGACUUUGCUGCUAAUGUCGCCGGGAUACUUGGCGCCGGCCGACCUCCGUCGUACAAUCCACUCAUGAGCUCCUCACGAGCAGCCGCUGCUGCCGAGAUCAUUGCGGCUGGUCGUGCUAGGCUGAUGCAAGCAAACAACUUGAUGCAAAGUGGCAGCUUGGAACCGGUCUCGGAGCUCGCGUCACUGGCCGCCGCCGCUGGCGGAGGCGGAGGUGGCGGCGGAGGCGCCAAUACGGCGCCAGGCUGGUUGGAGCGAAGCGGCAGUGCCGUUUCGGGGCCGCCGCCGCCGCCGCCACGGCCGAAUGUGCCGUCCCAUGGCGACGCCGCCGUGCCGUACAAUAUGGACAUGCGCAAUCGCCCAGCUGGCGGCGCGAUGGCUCCGGCGCCAGCGCAGUACGGCAGCGGUGACUUCAAUGACGGAGUUGGCGUCGCCGUCGCGUCUCCCGUCCGCCCGAACCCGCUUACGAGCGCGGUUGGUGGCGGCAGCGUUGGCAGCGGCAGCGGCUGGAUGCGGCGGGAAGAGCCGCUGAUGCUGCGCGAAAGCGGCGACGCCGGCUGCGGAGCCGCCGGGGCGCAUGUACGUUCGGGCUCUGCUACAAGCCUGCCUUGCGAUCCUGCUGGCGGCGCCGCCGCGUUGCCGCAGUCUAGCCGCGGCUGCCUCCCGGCCAACGGCGGCGGCGGCGGUGGCGGCGGCUUGUACGGCGGCGGAGGCGGAUUCGGAGCUGCUUCAGGAAGCGGCGAAUGGCCGUCGGCCGGCGCAGCAGCGCCGUCGCUGCCGCCGCCGCAGCACUUUAGCCGUGCAGACAUGCAGCCGCACCAACCGCAGCAGCCGCAAGGGCCGGCGGCGCAGCUGCAAGAGCAGGGCUGGGAGCACAUGCAACCGGUUCGCAAGGCACAGCGAAGCGGCAGCAGCAACGACAGCGGCCCUGGUUGCGGGGGCGCCGGCUAUGGCGGAGGCAGCGGCGGCGGCGCUGGCAUGGGCCCGGAGCGCAGCUCUCCUCCGCCUGAUACGCUGGCCUCAUUGCAGGGUCUUCGGCUCCGUAACGGGAGCGACCGUUCAGGUACCCCCAGUCCUCACCGUCUCCUUACCCCGGCUUCCGAACCACACCCCCACAUCCUCCAGGAUUCCACACACGUCCUCGCACCGGGCCCUGCACCCUCGGCUGCUGCUGCUGCUGCUGACGCAUCUGCUGCUGCUGCUGCCUCAAGUGGAGCUGCAAGCGGCGGCGGCGGCGCGCCUACCUGUGCCAUCCCGCAUGAUGUGGCACCUCCGGCCGCGCCGGCAUGCGACGACGACAUGGACGAUCCCAGCGCCAUGCAACGAGAAGGUUGCCAAGAGUCUCAGCAUGCAAAUGCACAACAACACCAACAGCACCCCCAGCAUGUGCUGCCGCAAGCAUUCGAGGCACCCGGCCCUCAGCCGCAACCGCACCCGUACGACGCGCUUCGGCCGGGUCCCCUGUCGUCUUCGCAUGCCGCCGCCGCUGAUGGUCCGAUCUACCCCGAUCCUCCCACCGGCUUCCCGUCCCAUGGUGCGGCGGAACUCUCCCCUGCUGACGGCCGGCUGCCAAGCUACGAAAUCGACGUCGACGCUGACGUCGUGCCUACUGCCGUGGGCGGGUUGGGCGCCGGUGGCAGCACCGCAAGCGGGAGCGGUAGUAGCCGCCGGAGACGUAGGGAGAGCCUCAGCGACGGCGGUGCUGAUGAUGUUGCCGUUGCUGCUGCCGUCAACGGCGCAGCGGGCAUGGGGGAAGCUGGUUGUGAAGGCGGAGCGGUGGGGGGCGGUGCUGUCGGCGGGCCGCUCGGUAUGGAGGUGGACGGACCCACGGGUCACACGGACUUGGAGUUGUUGUUAUCCGAGCGCGGCGGCUUUGGGUCGUUCGUUGGGGAUAUGAGCGUCGGCGGCGCCGCUGGCGGCAGCUUUAGCUUUAGCGGCGGCAGCGGUGGCGGCGCUACACCCAUGGAUAUUGAGACGCUUCGCCGGGAGUUAAGGCGGGGAAGCACUGACCAGUGGGAGGAUAUGUUGCGGCAGCUGGGUGCGGCUGGCGGCAGCAACGGCGGCGCAACAGGAGGCGCGUCUGAGAUGUAAGCUGGCCUCCUAACGGUCACGUGAUCUUCGACACAUCAGGGCCGCGCUCUGGUGCAGGUGUUUUCUUGAGCCCAUGUGCGUUUGGUAAGCUGGAGUACUUGGUAUAUGGAGAUUUGCUGCGUUCAUCCGCAAUCGUGUACUUUUGGUGGGUAAGAGGGUACGAGGCAAGGAAGGGGAGGGAGAAUGCGUAGCUUGGCGGUUUGGUUGUGCUGCGGAGCGCGCGAAAAGCACGCGGCGUUGCGGGAUUGUUUUAUGCAUAGGGCUGUUGUACGUUGAAAUACAUACACAUGCUGGGGCGCAUCAAAUAGAGUACCGGUGAAUGGCUGCUCCUAUACCGGGGGUGCUUUAGCCGGUAGUGGGCAAGGGUGUGCCUGUUGAGGACUGAAGCUGAGGAAUGGAAACACGUGUGAUGUUGUGGCCCCAUGGCGACCAUGGGCUACUGCUACUAUCAUGGAGGCGCGCUGCAAAGCUGUGCUGUGUAUUGUGGUCACGAAUGCUUAAACCCCGUCUCUGUUGUGUUGUUUAUUGCGUGCAUUGGUAAUAUCCGCUUUGUGAGUUGUUACCCAGCGGCCGAACGUAUAGCUCUAGCCCGUUAUGUGAUAUGUAUUGUAGGGGACUGGCGGAAUGCUACAUCCGUAUAUGCCUUGCCAUGAUUUCCAGUCACGGCAUGGCCUGCUGCGUGCGUUUCAUAUAGCUUGUGUCCACUUGUAUAUGGCUGUUGUUGCUUGUAUAUUUGUGGAAGCGAGAAUAUGAGGUCAUUAUACAUAUAGGGGUCUUAACCCGACGUAGACGAGGUGGCUACACCGCUAGCUGCGAUUUCGCCGCUGCUUAAUACCGGUACCAACGCGGCCGGUGCCACGUUGCCAUCCCAUCACCACCGGUGUCGGAACUCUCAAGCUAGCGCUUCCGCAAGGACCCACGACCCCGCGGUAGCGUUCUGCUGCUUUGCGAUUGUUGUUGGCAAACGAAUGAGUAGCCGUUACAGUGGUCCCCGAGAAGAGACUGUUGCUACGUAAUUGGUUUGGCACGUUCCCAUCCCUGCCCUCGUGGUUUGUUAUUAGCCGCCUUGCAGGGGUGCCUUGUGUUGCUGGAUGCCGGGAUGUCUUGCCGCCUUUUGAUAUUAUGGAAAAUUGCCCAAAGGCUUCAAUUGCCGGGCGGCUGGUUGUGCUGCUGUGGUCAUUGAGAGGUGCUGCUGCUGUUGCUGCUAUGCGGGCCCGCUGCCGCAGUGUUUGGGGGUUUGACGUUGGAGUAUCAGGCCCCAGGGAGCUUCGGAACAAUCCAAGAUGCGGUCUAGCGGCACAACACUGCUGUAAGGCUUUCCUGCUGGCAGUGGGAUGUAAACACGCCAUCGGCGGAAGUGUGCUUGACGCGUGAAGUGAAGAAGAAAGGCCCAAGACGAAGAGUCUUGUUAUGGGUUAUGGAACAAUGAGGAGCCUGAGGGGCUAAGGAGGGGGCCUUGAGGGGUGAAAGGCCAGGGUGUGUAGUCCUGCCAAGGCCUCGACCGGUUAACGGUAAGGGAUAAGAGCGGGGCGGUUGGAGGGGGGAAAGUUUGAUAGCGGUAGUAUCCUCGGGAGGUCUCUCUGCAUGCGGGAGGUCUGCUGCGCUCUGCUGGCCUUAUUGACGAUGGAGGGGGUAAGCCUUGCAAAGGCCCCUAGGGAAUUAUAUAUGGGUUCCUGUCAGCGCCAGAACGUUCGGCCAGGCGCAUGAUAGGGAGGAGGGCAGCCCUAGGAUAGGUGGAAUUGGGUUGCAGGUGAGGAGGUGGUGGGUAUCGUGGAACACGCUGUCUGCAUCCCUUCCGCCAAGCACGUAACGUGGGGUAUUCGUUUCUCUGUCGGUUGACGUACGACUGCAAAUGGCAGCUCUGCAGUUGGAAGUUUAAACCGUACAUAAUUCCAACAGGUUUAGGAUUUCAUUGCGCUUGCGGUUAAGGGUGAAUCUCCCAUUGAUAGAUACAUGCGGAUCAGAGAUGGAAGGAGUCGUUGGACGCGAAAGGAGCAUCAAGAUUACAAGAUUCGAUUGUAUCUUGUACGGCAGGAAGGGCAGGAGAGAUUUCUUGUGUGCAGG